GAUACUUUGGCGCGGAUUCUGUUGUUUUGGGUUCGCUCUUUGAAAGGAGAGGGAAAUUCUACCUCGAAUCAACCGUAUUUUAUAUCAAUGGCUCCGGUUUCAAAUCCAGAUAAAGACAUGGACGGCGGAGAUUGUGAUGCGUCCGACACGUGUGGCAUUGGCGCCUCACGUUCCAGAAGGGAGAAAAAAGAGAAAGUUGGGCGCAAGUCUGCUUUAGAGCAACUUAAAAGAGCCAAGAAAGGAGAGAAAGUAAAAUACGAGGUGGAGGAGUUCACCAGCAUUUAUGAUGAAGUGGAUGAAGAGCAGUACUCGAAAAUAGUUCGGGAAAGACAGGACGAUGACUGGAUCAUUGAUGACGAUGGGACAGGCUAUGUGGAGGAUGGCAGAGAAAUCUUUGAUGAAGAAUUGGAUGAUGAUGCAUUGGGCCAUAAAAGUAAACCGGGUGCAAAAGGAGGCGAUUCGAAAAAGAAUGUGAAGAAAUCGUCUGUCAGUAAACCCAACAGCAUUAAAAGCAUGUUCAUGAACAGUAAUGUAAAGAAACCUGCUGAGAAACAUGUGGAUUUGUCUCAAGAUGAUCUGCUGGGAGAUAUUUUGCAGGACCUGCACUCUGAGAAAUCAGUUGUGCUCACUCCACCACCGAUCAUAACUCUGAAGAAGAAGAAAACACUGGGAUCCCCUAUGAACCCAUUUUCAGUCAAACCAAAGAUGCCAAAGGAGUUGCCUGAAGUCCAAGUGUCAAAGCCGAGGCCUGUGGUGACACGAGUUCCUCCUGCUGACCCUUCGCCCAGGUCUGCAGCUCCUGUUGAACCUAGUAAAGCGACUGCCGCACAGAUAAAGAAGCCUAAGAUCGAAGAGCCCGAAGAGGAGGCAAUCGAGUUUGAUGAGAUGGACUUUGAUGAGCCCAUGGAGGCAGAAAACCUGGAGGAGGAGCCUGUGAAAGUGAAGGCAGAGCCCGAGACCAAACCCAUUGUUACAGUGGAGCCCAAGACUGAGCCACAGGAUAAAAUGUUAAUAUCUGGACUGGUUGGUGGAAUGGGCUGGGAGAAGAUGGAGGAGGGGGAUCACAUCGAGACUCCUGUUGAGGUGCAGGUGGACUCGAGUCAACUCCCGCUGGUGGAGGGACCAGAUGGAGAUAUGGUCUUCCGCUUCUACUGGUUGGAUGCUUUUGAGGAUCAGUAUAGCCAACCUGGAGUGGUGUUUCUGUUUGGAAAAGUUUGGAUUGAGUCUGCUCAAGCACAUGUCAGCUGUUGUGUUGCUGUAAAGAACAUCGAGAGAACGAUGUAUCUCCUUCCACGAGAACAUAAAGUAAAUCUGGCAACCGGCGAGAAGGAUGUUAAAGUAGGAAUGAUGGAUGUAUACCAGGAGUUCAGUGAUCUCUCUGAGAAGUUCAAAAUUAUGAAGUUUAAAUCCAAGCCGGUGACCAAGAAUUAUGCUUUUGAGAUCCCAGAUAUCCCCUCUCAGAGCGAGUACCUUGAAGUCAAAUACUCUGCUGAGAUUCCUUCAUUGCCAUCUGACCUGAAGGGCACUACGUUUUCCCAUGUGUUUGGUACCAACACCUCCAGUUUGGAACACUUCCUCCUUAAUAGGAAGAUUCGUGGGCCUUGCUGGCUUGAUGUGAAAACCCCUCAGUUGAGCAAUCAGCCUAUUAGCUGGUGUAAAGUGGAGGCCGUUGCACAGAAGAGUGACUUGAUCUCAGUAGUAAAGGAUCUGUCACCUCCUCCACUGGUGGUCAUGUCCAUAAGCCUCAAGACUGUGCAGAACCCCAAGACUCACCAGAAUGAGAUUGUUUCCAUCGCUGCCCUCGUUCAUCAUACUUUUCCUCUGGACAAAGCUCCUCCACGGCCGCCUUUCCAGACUCAUUUCUGUGUGGUGAGCAAGCCUAAUGACUGCGUCUUCCCUUAUGACUUUAAGGAUGCAGUUAGGAAAAAGAACGGCAUUGUCGAGAUUGCUGGUACAGAGCGUGCGCUUUUAGGCUUCUUCUUGGCCAAGAUGCACAAAAUCGAUCCAGAUGUCUUAGUGGGCCAUGACAUCUUUGGUUUUGACCUUGAAGUGCUCUUGCAGAGGAUCAAUGUGUGUAAAGUACCUCACUGGUCAAAGAUCGGCCGUCUAAGAAGAGCCAUAAUGCCAAAACUGGGGGGUCGCAGUGGCUUUGCUGAGAAGAGCGCAACUUGUGGGCGCCUGGUCUGUGAUAUUGAAAUUUCAGCCAAAGAGCUGAUCCGCUGUAAAAGUUAUCAUCUAACUGAGCUGGUGGCCCAGAUCUUGAAGACCGAGAGGCCGGUGGUGCCACCAGAGAACAUCAGGAAUUUCUAUAGUGAUUCCACACAUUUGCUAUACCUUUUGGAGCUCACCUGGAUGGAUGCUAAGCUCAUUCUGCAAAUCAUGUGCGAAUUGAAUGUACUUCCGCUAGCACUGCAGAUCACUAACAUCGCUGGUAAUGUCAUGUCUCGUACUCUGAUGGGUGGACGCUCCGAGAGGAACGAAUAUCUUCUGCUCCAUGCUUUCCAUGAGAGGGACUUUAUUGUUCCAGAUAAGCAGUUCUUCAAGAAGGCACAACAAGAUCUGGGUGAGGAUGAAGAGGGUGACUCAGGAAAGGGCAAAUCAAACAAAACUAGGAAGAAGGCCGCAUAUGCUGGAGGUCUGGUGCUCGACCCAAAAGUCGGUUUCUAUGACAAGUUCAUUCUGCUGUUGGACUUCAAUAGUUUGUACCCCUCCAUCAUCCAAGAGUUCAACAUCUGCUUUACAACCGUCGAGAGAGGAGCUACCAACACACGCAAGAAAACUGAGGAGGAUGAUGAUGAGAUUCCUGAGCUUCCGGAUCAGAGUCUGGAGAUGGGCAUUCUUCCCAAGGAAAUUCGCAAACUGGUGGAGCGCAGACGACAAGUCAAGCAGCUAAUGAAACAGACAGACCUCAACCCGGAUCUGUACUUGCAGUAUGACAUCAGGCAAAAGGCCCUGAAGCUGACCGCUAACAGCAUGUACGGAUGCCUUGGCUUUUCCUUCAGUCGCUUUUACGCCAAGCCUUUGGCAGCAUUGGUCACGCAUAAAGGAAGAGAGAUUUUGAUGCACACCAAAGAAAUGGUACAGAGGAUGAAUCUGGAGGUCAUAUACGGGGACACUGACUCCAUCAUGAUUAACACCAACAGCACCAAUUUAGAGGAGGUCUACAAACUGGGAAACAAGGUGAAAAGUGAGGUAAAUAAACUCUAUAAGCUCCUGGAGAUUGACAUAGAUGGCGUAUUUAAGUCCCUUCUGCUGCUAAAGAAGAAGAAAUAUGCAGCACUGAUGGUUGAGCCUCAGGGUGACGGCAAAUACACCACCAAGCAAGAGCUCAAAGGCCUGGACAUUGUGCGUCGAGAUUGGUGUGACCUCGCCAAGGAGUGUGGAAAUUAUGUUAUUGGUCAGAUUCUGUCAGAUCAGAAUCGGGAUACCAUCAUAGAGAACAUUCAGAAACAUCUGAUUGAAAUCGGAGAGGAGGUGGCCAACGGCAGCACCCCACUCAACAAGUUUGAGAUACACAAGUCUCUGACAAAGGAACCUCAGGACUACCCUGACAAGAAGAGUCUCCCUCAUGUCCACGUUGCUCUUUGGAUAAACUCCCAGGGUGGGAAGAAGGUUAAAGCGGGCGACACAGUUUCUUAUGUUAUCUGUCAGGAUGGUUCAAACUUGGCUGCCAGUCAGAGGGCAUAUACCUUGGAACAGCUACAGAAACAGCCAGGACUCAAUCUGGACACACAGUACUACCUGUCCCAGCAGGUGCACCCUGUGGUCGGCCGAAUCUGUGAGCCUAUUGAAGGCAUUGAUGCAGUGCUUAUUGCUACAUGGUUAGGACUCGACCCAAGUCACUUCCGAGCCCAACAGCAGCAGCAGCGCGAGGACGAAGCGGACAAUUUUCUAGGUGCUCCAGCACAGCUCACAGAUGAAGAGCGUUACCGAGAUUGCGAGAGGUUUACCUUCACUUGCCCUGACUGUGGAACCGAAAACAUCUACGACAACGUGUUUGAAGGGACGGGGAGCACCUUGCAGCUCAGCCUGAAGAGUUGCUGCCACGCUCCCUGCGGGGGCAGUCCGAUGGACCAUCAAGUACAAAUUGGCAAUAAACUGCAGUUGGACAUUCGCCGCCACAUCAGGAGAUACUACAGUGGAUGGCUGCUAUGUGAGGAUCAGGCCUGCCGGAACCGAAUCCGUCGGCUGCCCAUCGCGUUCUCCAGGUCAGGACCGAUCUGUCCAGCCUGUCUCAGAUCCACGCUGAAGCCUGAGUAUUCAGAGAAGGCCCUCUACAACCAACUGAGCUUCUACAGAUACAUCUUUGACUGGGAAUAUGCCAUCAACAAGGUCCUGACAGGAGACGAUAAAUUAAAAUUCAAGAAUAAAGAAUGGAAGGAAGAAAUGGAAGUGUACAAAAAGCUGAAGGGUGUGACAGACAACAUCCUCGCCACUAGCGGAUACUCUGAAGUCAACCUCGCUAAGCUUUUCCAGGCUUUUAUAACCCUCAAGUAAAAAACUGUCACUAAAGCAGUUCUGGCUAAUCAGAUAUAGCAUAAUAUUUAUGCCUUUCUGCUCACCAACAGAAGCAAUCUUCAUCUUUUUAAUUCCUGUCUGCUGUAAAUACACCUUGUGAUUUUGUAAUCUAUGCUAUUUUCUAGCUCACUUGCCUUACGUUUGUAAUCCCAGGCAGCUUUUUUGUGUCUGACGGCUCGGAUGUGAAUUAAGGGCAAAGGUGACGAGCUCGCAGUCAAUCUGCAUGUAAUCACCAAACCUUUCCAUGUUUGAGCACCUGUCUCUUUCUCUAAUCUGUGUUCUUGUGUCCCAUCCCAUUUAGCCUUUGUGCAGGUCUAAUCGAUGAUGAAUCUGUGGUAAAAUGGCCAUGAUAAGGGGCUAAAGACGCUCUCAGCGCAACCCUGCCCCCUGAUAGCACCACACACACACUGGGUUUUUAGAGAUAACAAUCAGGGGUAAUGACAGGCAAGUUCAUGGGGGGCUUGUUGCAGUUUUGAAGGGGCCUUAGUUCAGUAAUGACUUCUCUACUACCCCCUUCAUCUUUAACAGCACAGCAAUUAGCCAAUGAUACAGAGGUAGCCAGUGAUUUGUGGAGUUUUGAAUGAUUGAACUCUGCUUUCAGCUGGAUUCAUCACAUCGUUCGGUGUGCGUCUUACAGCUUUUCCAUGUUUGUUGCUAAUAAAUAAGAUUCUUAAUUGGUUUUGAUACGGAAAUGUCAAUAAAAGUAUUUCAUAACA